AUGCGGUGUACUGUUUUUUGCGAGGAUGGAGCGGGAAAUUUUUCAGCCGAAGUGAAACUGAAUUAUUUGGACAAGGCGUAUCAAGUGACAAUGAGUGUGCAUCAGCUUGCAAUUCUUCUGUGUUUUGAAAACGAAAAUUCACUUAAAAUGGAUUAUUUGGAAAAAGCGACAGGUCUUUCGGGUGAACUGCUCUUUCGAAAUAUCCGUGCUCUCGCUGACUCAAACAUUUUAUCCACUGCCGAUAAGGCCGAGAAGGAAGCAGAACAUGUGAAUAUUACGGCACAUCAGGAUCGGAAAUAUUACAUGGAAUGCACAAUUGUUCGUAUAAUGAAAACACGGAAAGUGAUAAAGCAUGCAGCUCUGGUCAACGAGGUGAUCGAGCAGACGAAGUCGCGUUUUGUGCCGGACAUGAACUUCAUCAAGAAGAGCAUCGAGUCGCUGAUCGAGAAGCUCUACAUCCAGCGCACCGAUCAGCAUGAUGAGUACCAAUAUCUGGCGUGA